AUGACCUGUCCAACUCAUCUAACAUUGUUUUCCUGCUCCAGGUUGUUCAGUUAUUCAGUUUCCCAGUAUGACCUGUCCAACUCCUCUAACGUUGUUUCCCUGCUCCAGGUCGUUCAGUACCCCAGUCGUUCAGUACCCCAGUAUGACCUGUCCAACUCGUCUCACGUUGUUUUCCUGCUCCAGGUCGAUCAGUAUCCCAGUUGUUCAGUACCCCAGUAUGACCUGUCCAACUCGUCUAACGUUGUUUUCCUGCUCCAGGUUGUUCAGUAUCCCAAGUCUCUUCGCAUCAGGAUCAAGCAGCUGAAUGAAGUGUUUAAGGAAACUCACACUCUUCAUAAAGCAGAAGAACUUCUGAAAAGGCACAACCAUGUGGCAAUUAUUGGAGCUCCUGGAGAAGGGAAAACAAGCACUGCUCUCAAGAUAUGUGAGAAAUAUCUCCACAAAAAAUAUGAAGUUGUGUUUGUUGAUAAUUUUGAGAUAUUUGAUGUGGAUACAAUCAUUCAACGAACAUGUAACAUGCUGGUUGUGUUUGAUGAUAUAUUUGGUUCUGUGACGGUUCCUUCUAAUUGUGAGAAAAUUCACAAAGUCUCGACUGCCCUGGUUGACGCUUUAUUUCAACAGGAACAUGAUGCCAUGAAGCAGAAACCAAAUAAGCAAGAAGAAACUCAAGCAGGUGAGAUACAAAACAAAGCCCACAAGCUCCACUUUAUUUUCUCAUCCAGAAGCUACAACUGGAAUGAAGGACGUGGAAGAAUGCACCAGUUCAAGGUAAAUCUCUUCAAGCCUGAAAGUGUCAUUGACAUGACCAAGACCGGCCUGACUACCGAGGAGAAGAAAUCUAUUAUGAAUUCGUUCGAGAAAAGAAGUAAAAAACGUGAUAUCUCAAACCAGGACAAGAACACCAUUAUUCAGUUACAAGACAGCAUGUUUGGAUUUCCUCUGAUCUGUCAACUGUAUUGUACCAACCCAGCCUUCCAGAUGCACAACAUUAUUGACUUCUUCCAGAAACCUGUGACCUACCUGAGAGGUGACCUUGACACCAUUGUCCGUGAAGGCAGCAGCAGGUCGGCAACUCUCGUUCUCCUUGUUCUGUGUGGAGGGAAGUUGGACCUUGUCUCCUUUAAGGCGAGAGAGAAGAAUCUCACCAAUCUGUUUCAGGCUGUAAAGGAGGAGAUAGCGUCUUGCACUCAAACAGACAUUGGCAGGGAGAUCAUCAACUUCACCGGCACCUACUGUACGGUGGAGAAUCAUGUAGCCUCCUUCUCACAUCCAUCCAUCUACGAUGCUGCAGCAUGUGCCUUGGGGAAUCUCAAUGAAGUCUUUGUACUGGAACAUUGUUCUCUGCAGUUUUUACUUGAAAAGGGAGCUGAUCUGUCACUUACUGAUACAGGCAACAAUGACUGCCUGAUGUUGGCAAGUGAGAGGGGUAACGUGUCUAUAGUGAAACACCUGCUGUCCUUGAAAGUACUGGACAUCAACAGACGAGACAGUUUAAAGGAACAAACAGCAGUUAUGAUGGCAGCUGAAAGAGGACACUAUGGUGUUUAUAAUCUUCUGGUGUUGGAGGGAGCUGAUCUGUCACUUACUGAUACAGGCAACAAGGACUGCCUGAUGUUGGCAUGUGAGGGAGUGAAACACCUUCUGUCCUUGAAAACAUUUGACAUCAACAGACGUGGGGGGUCAAGGAAACAAACAGCUGUUAUGAUGGCAGCUGAAGGAGGAUGCAGUGAUUUUUAUAAUCUUCUUGUGUUGGAAGGAGCUGAUCUGUCACUUACUGAUAGAGACAACAAUGACUGCCUGAUGUUGGCAUGUUUGAGAAAUAAGGUGUCUAUAGCGAAACACCUGCUCUCCUUGAAAAUACUGGACAUCAACAGACGAGACAGUUUAAAGGAACAAACAGCAGUUAUGAUUGCAGCCGAAGGAGGACACUAUGAUAUUUAUAAUCUUCUUGUGUUGGAGGGAGCUGAUCUGUCACUUAUUGAUAAAGCCAACAAAGACUGCCUGAUGUUGGCAUGUAUUGGGGGUAACAUGUCUAUAGUGAAACACCUGCUGUCCUUGAAAACAUUUGACAUCAACAGACGAGAUAGAUCACGGAAACAAACAGCUGUUAUGAUGGCAGCUGAAGGAGGACACUGUGAUGUUUUUAAUCUUCUUGUGAUGGAGGGAGCUGAUUUGUCACUUACUGAUACAGGCAACAAGGACUGCCUGAUGUUGGCAAGUGAGAGGGGUGACGUGUCUAUAGUGAAACACCUGCUGUCCUUGAAAAUACUGGACAUCAACAGACGUAGGGGGUCACGGAAACAAACAGCUGUUAUGAUGGCAGCUGAAGGAAGACACUAUGAUAUUUAUAAUCUUCUUGUGUUGGAGGGAGCUGAUUUGUCACUUACUGAUGAUGACAAAAUGGACUGCCUGAUGUUGGCAAGUGAGAGGGGUGACGUGUUUAUAGUGAAACACCUGCUGUUUUUGAAAACAUUGGACAUCAACAGAUGUGGGGGGUCACGGAAACAAACAGCUGUAAUGAUGGCAGCUGAAAGAGGACACUGUGCUGUUUAUAAUCUUCUUGUGAUGGAGGGAGCUGAUCUGUCACUUGCUGAUGGUAACAACAUGGACUGCCUGAUGUUGGCAAGUGAGAAGGGUUACGUGUCUAUAGUGAAACACCUCCUGUCCUUGAAAACAUUUGACAUCAACAGGCGAGAAGGAUCAAAGAAACAAACAGCAGUUAUGCUGGCAGUUGAAAGAGGACACUGCAACAAGGACUGCCUGAUGUUGGCAAGUGAGAGGGGUUACGUGUCUAUAGUGAAACACCUGCUGUCCUUGAAAACAUUGGACAUCAACAGGCGAGAUAGAUCAUGGAAACAAACAGCAGUUAUGAUGGCAGCUAAAAGAGGAGACUAUGAUGUUUAUAAUCUUCUGGUGUUGGAGGGAGCUGAUCUGUCACUUACUGAUAAAGGCAAAAAGGACUGCCUGAUGUUGGCAAGUGAGGGAGAAAACAAGGACUGCCUGAUGUUGGCAAGUGAGGGAGGUAACGUCUCUAUAGUGAAACACCUCCUGUCCUUGAAAACAUUUGACAUCAACAGACGUGGGGGGUCAUGGAAAGUAACAGCACUUAUGAUGGCAGCUGAAAAUGGACAUUAUGAUGUAUAUUAUCUUCUUGUGUUGGAGGGAAUUGAUCUGUCACUCGGUAAUGAAGACAAUGUGGACAAUUUGAGGGAAGCAAGGUGUCGAAAGUGA